AUGCACAUACUUGUCGUAAAUGACGACGGUCCCCCGUCAAAUCAAUCAUCACCAUACGUUCAUUCUCUGGUAACCGCCCUUCAAGAUGCUGGACAUUUGGUAUCAGUGGUCUUGCCUCAUGUCCAGAGGUCCUGGAUAGGAAAGGCACAUAUGGUUGGUCACACUUUGACUCCGACUUACUAUCGCCCGGGCUCCAUCUUGAAGGACGACGGAAUCACCUCGGACCGACCAUUUAACGAUGGCGGAGAGGAGUGGAUUUUGAUAGACGGCACGCCGGCAAGCUGCACCCAAAUCGGGCUUCAUCAUGUGUUCAAGGACAGAGGUCCAAUUGAUCUUGUAGUCAGCGGUCCCAAUUAUGGUCGCAACACUACUGCCGUCUUUGCUCUGUCCAGCGGGACAAUUGGUGGCGCAAUGGAAGGCGCAAUGAGCGGUGUGAAAAGCAUUGCUUUGUCUUAUGCUUUCGAUUCGAGAGAGCACGAUCUUGAGGUCAUCUCUGCGGCUUCAAGACUGAGCACCCGGUUGAUGGAAAAGUUAACCAAGGAAUGGCCGGACGACGUGCACCUGUACAGCAUCAAUGUCCCUCUCCGAAAAGGAGUUGAGAACAAUAAGAUUGUCUAUGCUGAAAUGAUACAAAACCGAUGGAUUAGCGGAAGCUCCUUUACCGAAUUGGCCGAGGAGGAAGACAUCGAGGACCCAAACGUGGAGGAGCAGAGAAUUCGUGAGACUGGUGAAGCUACCGGAAACAACAACGAACGCCUGACAAGGAGAGCUCAUCGAAAGUUCAAGUGGUCUCCCCAGUUUGCCGACGUUCGGCAGGCGGUUGUCGAUGCUGGCAAGGGCGACGGUUGGGAGGUGCUGCAGGGAAACAUCACGGUCACUCCAUUGAUUGCGAAUUUCUGGCACCUACCUCACUACACCGGCGAAAUCAAGCUUAUAGACUCGCAUUCUCCGCCCAUGUACGCGCUCAUUGAUUAUCCGGAUGCAUAUGUGCAACCUCUCAUUCUGGCUGCCCUGGGACAGUUAGCUCCAUUGCCUCUCAGGCGCAUUUCCAACAUUAGUGACUUGCCAAAUCCUUCGGAUCGCGUUUUGCAGUUCACCGCGUACGAGAAAAUUGACUUCGAGCAUGCCAUGCAGCACUCACAAACGUCUCUUGUUUGCUCCUAUGUCAUCCGAAAAGCGCUUAUUCGCAAGCACUAUCUGUCCAAUACAGUGUCUACCUGGCUAGUCAAACACCCCAGUAGCAUCCUGGCAAAACAUUUCAAGCCGUGUGUGCAUUUCGAACUCGACUACGCGGAAUUCCUGGAUGAGGCACUGGUGGAUGCAUGGGAUCUGAACGAGAGCUUGGCAGAGAAUGAGAAGCAAGAGUCCGGCAAACAAAAGCAAUGGUGGAUAUUAAAACCCGGCAUGAGUGACGGUGGCAACGGUAUCAGACUGUUCUCGACUAGCGGCGAACUUCAAGCCAUCUUCGAGGAGUGGGAGGAAGACUCCCCCGAUGCCGAUGCGGAGGAUUCGACUGAAGAGGACGAGUGUCAUGAUGCGCCAGGGCGCAAACAAGGCGAUUCUCUUGAGGGUAACGCAAUGACAUCUCAGCUCAGGCAUUUCAUCGCUCAGCCCUACAUCGACCCUCCACUGCUGCUCGAAACCUAUGGGGGUCGAAAGUUCCACAUCCGGGCCUACGUGCUGGCGGCAGGAGCUCUGAAGGUGUAUGUUUACAAGGAGAUGCUGGCUCUUUUUGCAGCCAAAGGCUAUCAACCACCCGCUUCUGCCACAGAUCCCGAGAUGCUGGACCUUGCACAACAUCUAACAAAUACCUGCUUCCAAGAUGAAGCGACCAAAAGCACCUCUGUCUACCGGUUCUGGGAUCUGGAAUCAUCUGAGAUGCACGCAAACUGGAAGGACGCCAUAUUCCAACAAAUCUGCGACGUAACUGGUGAAGUUUUCGAGGCUGCAGCUCGUGAACAGAUGAUCCACUUCCAAGCGGUACCGAACGCUUUUGAAAUCUUUGGGGUGGACUUUUUGGUCGACCAGGAUUGUAACGUGUGGCUGCUGGAACUAAAUGCCUAUCCAGACUUCAAGCAGACAGGACAGGAUCUCCAGGACGCCGUGGUCGGUGGACUUUUCCAAGCGGUCACCAGGACUGCAAUUGCGCCAUUCUUUGGUCUCACUGGAUCUGGAACGACGCAGAUGCCACUAGUGAGAUCGAUCAAUCUAGGUCGAUGCUGA